AUGGAAGCGAUCGCGGAUCAAGAUCUCAAAACUGCCAUCACAGCCGUCUCCAAACUGAUUCAGUUUGAGAACAAGGGACAGCUUCUGAACAUCAACUCGGCCGAGAAGAUCUUUCUCAAAGUUCAGAUGCACAGAAUUCCCAAUCUCGGCGGCACUCAAGAAUUGCGAGUGCGCAACAUCCUUCCUAACCGUCUAUUUCCCGAGGAUGCUUCCACUUGUUUCAUCAUUAAAAACACGGACGAGAAAAAGGAUGAUGAGAACUGCAUCGAAAAGACGAAAGAGCUCCUCAAGGAACAGGGAAUCACGGGAGACAUGUUCAUCACUCUCGAUCAGCUCAAGAAAGAAUACAAAGGCCACGAAUUGAAAAGAAAGCUGGCCCAACAGUUCGACGUGUUUUUUUCGGACUCUCGAAUCGCCCAGCUCGCACUGCCGCAUCUCGGCAAAGAGUUCAUGUCCCGACGACGAGUGCCCUUCGUCAUCCGCAUGGAACGCGUCCACAAAAUCAAGCAAGAAGUCGACCUCGUCCUGCGCACCGUCCAAUUCAUCGUUUCCGGAAAAGGCGACAAUGUAAAUGUACACUUUGGACACACGCAAAUGUCACACGAGCAGCUCAUUGAAAACAUCAAGAGCUUGAUCGAAAAAUUAGGCGAACUGAUCCCUCGUGGCGUCAAGAACAUCAAGUGUCUCCAUGUUCAGGGCACGAAUACGAAGGCAAUUCCUAUUUACCGCUGCAACAAAAUGGACCCAUCAGUGAACGAACCAUCGGGAAUUGAGCUCGAGCGACAGAACAUGCAGAAACAGCUGAAGGAGAUGAUGUCCGAUGUUCAAAUAAAGCAGAAGAAGAGAUCAAAGGAACGGUCCUCUCUAAUUGAUCAAGAGAAGGUAGCAUCUCAGAUGCCGAAAAAAGAAAAGAACAAGCAAAAGAGGAAGACGGAGGAAAAGGCUCAAGAAGAAAAGGAAAAUGAACAACCUGAAUCAGCUCCCGUGAAAAAAGAAAAGAAGAAGAAGGCUGUCGAAGCUGAAGAGCCAGAGCCUGUCAAAGAAGAGGCGAAAAAGAAAGCGAAGAAGGGCAAGAAAGAAGCGGAAAAGGUGGAAAAGAAAGUUGCAGAAAAAGUGGAAUCGAAACCGGAACUUGGAAAACGCCGAGCAUCGACAAGAAGCCAGAAGGCCAAACGAGCGAAGAUCGAGUAG